AUGUCCGAAGUAAUCUCAGUGGUAGCCCGUAAUGGUGCUUUCCAAAAGACUAUGAUAACAGAAAACUUUGAAAGUGACAAUAGUGAAGAUGACUAUAGCAUGUCAGACAUAAAUGAUGAAGAUGAAGAUAACAUGUUAGAUGAUGACGGAGAAGAAGAAAAUAAUAAGGCAACUCACAAUAAACGUUCAACAAAACAAAACACAACUGAUUCAGAAAUUAUGACCCCCGGUGAACUGAUUACGGAUGACCCUAUAUGGAUGAGAGGGCACGGUACCUAUUUCUUGGAAAAUAAAACAUACUCCUCUGUAGCUGGUACAGUAUCUAAAGUUAAUAAGCUAUUAUCAGUGAUUCCAUUAAAGAGUCGUUAUGCUCCCGAGACAGGUGACCAUAUUGUUGGUAGGAUUGCAGAAGUUAGUAACAAGAGAUGGAAAGUUGACAUUGGUGGGAAACAACAUGCAAUUCUAAUGUUGGGUUCUGUAAACUUACCAGGUGGUAUCUUAAGAAGAAAAUCUGAAUCUGAUGAAUUACAAAUGAGAAGUUUUUUGAAAGAAGGUGAUUUAUUAAAUGCAGAAGUACAGUCUUUAUUCCAGGAUGGUGCUGCAUCAUUACAUACUAGAUCAUUAAAGUAUGGGAAACUAAGAAACGGUAUGUUCUGUGAGGUGCCUAAUUCUCUUAUUAUUAGAUCUAAGAAUCAUACACAUAAUUUACCAGGUAAUGUAACUGUUGUUCUAGGUGUCAAUGGUUACAUAUGGUUGAGAAUGACCACUAAGAUGGAUCUUGCAAGAGACGUACCUCCUGGAGGUUCGACACAAGGAAAUGGGAUGUCUUCUACGGGUCCAACAGGUGCAGUAUCUUUGAAUCCAAAUUCAAAUAUUUCAAUUACAAGAUUAGAAGAGGAAUCCUCGUGGAAGAUAUAUUCUGAUGAGAACGAUCCAAAUAUUACAGGUGCCAUCAAGCAAACGAUAUCAAGAUAUGCAAAUAUUAUUAAAGCAUUAGCCUUUUGUGAGAUCGGUAUAACACAAGAACGUAUUGUUUUGGGGUAUGAGGCAAGCAUGGUGUACAGCGAUGUUGGAUCAUUGAUUCAAAGGGAUAACAUGGAAUCCUUAAGUCAAGAAAUUCUAAAUGCAGAAAAAAUGAGGGGCAAUGCUGUUUAG